AUGGGACAGUUUGUGAAGGUAAAGAGUGCGACCCGAGACGUGGACGAGUGUGCGUUGGAGACCCACUAUUGCCAUUAUGAAGCCACAUGUAACAAUACCAUUGGUUCAUACACAUGUGUAUGUAAUGAAGGAUUUUCAGGAAAUGGAACUAUUUGCGAAGCAAACCGAUGUCCAUCAGCGUCCUGGACAAGUUAUGGCAGCAACUGCUAUCGUUUGAAUUCCAAUGCUCUAACCAUGCAGGGUGCGAGCGACUAUUGUGACAGCAUUGCCGGACAGCUUGUCAGACUUACGGGGGAAGAUCUCAAAAACUUUCUUGUUCAAACGUACGCAAAGGACAUCAAAACAAGGUUUUGGAUUGGUUUGCAGAAGUGUAAAAAUGGAUGGUGUUAUCUUGAUGGGAAGAAAACGAUUUACACCAAUUGGGAAAGAGGAGAACCGAAUAAUGCAGGAGGAAGUGAAACUUGCGUUGAGAUGUUCAGAAAUGGGCGAUGGAAUGACAAUCCAUGUUAUCACAAAUACCCAUCUAUAUGCGAAACCAACAUCAACGAGUGUCAUUACAGAUGUCAUCAUAAUGCAACAUGCAACAAAACCAUCGGAUCAUACACUUGUGUUUGUAACGAAGGAUUCACAGGAAAUGGAACCGUUUGUGAAGAUGUAGAUGAAUGCGCAUUGGAAACCCAUACAUGUGACUUGGAUGCCACGUGUAACAAUACCAUUGGAUCAUACACAUGUACAUGUAAAGAUGGAUUUACAGGAAAUGGGACCUCGUGCAAAGCGUCGCUAGCUGCAGGCCAUAUCACCCUAAUCGGGAACCUGCGCACAGGUAAGUUGCUAGUUAUAUCACGUGUUGUAUUCACUUUGGGCAUAUUUCGUUUCACCUUCGAACUUCGAAGCAGUAAAGCAGAAUCAAUAAAGCGAUCAAAAUGUUAG